ACCAUCUGAUCCUAUCCACCCGACUGCAAUCCGUCUUCAACUGUCCCUCUCCUCCGGCUCGCGCCAUCGCAGGUCCCAAUCCGAGCCGUCACCAUUUCUCUAGCAACAACCUCGUUCUGGGCUGCCAGCGCGCAAUCGAGCGUGCUCGCCUUUCCCAACACCACCGCAAACAUGGCUCGUGUCUACGCCGACGUCAACCAGAAUAUGCCCCGCGCAUACUGGGACUACGACUCUGUUAACAUUAGCUGGGGUGUUCUCGAGAACUACGAGGUCGUUCGGAAGAUUGGCAGAGGAAAAUAUUCCGAGGUGUUCGAGGGCAUCAACGUGGUUAACUACCAAAAAUGCGUCAUCAAGGUGUUGAAGCCCGUCAAGAAGAAGAAGAUCAAGAGAGAGAUCAAGAUUCUCCAGAACCUGGCGGGUGGCCCCAACAUCGUCGCCCUGCUCGACGUUGUGAGGGAUAGCCAGAGCAAGACCCCCUCGCUCAUCUUCGAAUACGUCAACAACACCGAGUUCCGCACCCUGUACCCCAGGUUCAACGACUUCGACGUCCGCUACUACAUCUUCGAGCUCCUCAAGGCCCUCGACUUCUGUCACAGCAAGGGCAUCAUGCACCGCGAUGUGAAGCCUCAUAACGUUAUGAUCGAUCAUGAGAACAGAAAGCUUCGCCUUAUCGACUGGGGUCUCGCUGAGUUCUACCAUCCCGGCACCGAGUAUAAUGUCCGGGUCGCCUCUCGCUACUUCAAGGGUCCGGAGCUGCUUGUCGAUUUCCAAGAAUACGACUACAGCUUGGACAUGUGGAGUUUGGGCGCCAUGUUCGCAUCUAUGAUCUUCCGCAAGGAGCCUUUUUUCCAUGGUCAGAGCAACUCGGAUCAAUUAGUCAAGAUUGCUAAGGUCCUCGGCACGGACGAGUUGUUCGACUACCUUGAUAAGUACGAGAUCGAGCUGGACGCUCAGUACGAUGACAUUCUCGGCCGCUUCCAGAGGAAACCCUGGCACAGCUUCAUUAACGCUGAGAACCAGCGUUUCGUUUCCAACGAGGCUAUUGAUUUCUUGGACAAACUGCUGCGCUACGAUCAUAACGAACGUCUGACCGCAAAGGAGGCCAUGGCCCACCCUUACUUCGCCCCUGUCCGCGACGAGGCCACACGUGCGCGGUAUCUGGCCGGUGAGACCAUCAACUAGACGGGAAAAUCGGAGAGAAGGCCGCCUGCUCUUAUAGUUCCAGCCGAAAUGAUCGACUUUUAUAUACCAUUGCGCGUGUCAUCCGUUACCGUCGAAGCUACUCGAUUAUCCAGCGUUGUUUUGCCUGCGAACCGAGGUCACAACUCGCCACGACAUGGGAUACCAAUUUCAUUCAGCGGAAAGACAUGCGUUUAUCAAGCGCAGGCUAGGAUUUCUAGGUGCUUGGUUUAGUUGGGGCUGGGCGCUGGAGAGGGAAGGGAAGAUCACAGAUGAGGAUGUUCAGGCAGCCAGAUGGAGUAAAAGGAAGCAGGAAAGAAGUAGGUAGGAAUUGCUUGGGAAACUCUCUCUUUUUUUUUCUCUUUUCUCGAAAUGGAUGGAUGGAUGGAUGGAGUCGGUUUGGAGUGUUGGUUGUGAUGCGUGUUUGGUGGUUAAACACAGCAACAUUGGAAGUACGUUCCGAGCAAAGAUUCCCUUUAGGUUUUGACGUUAAAGAUUAUGGUUCAUGAUAUAGGAUCAUUGAUGGAGAAUUUUGAAGCGGUUUCCCUG